CAGAUUUAUUGAAAUACAAAACCCUAGACGGCCAAACCAGAGAGCAAAGCAAAAUGGUGAAGUUUCUCAAAACCAACAAAGCCGUCAUCCUCCUGCAAGGUCGCUACGCCGGCCGGAAAGCCGUGAUCGUCAGAUCCUUCGACGACGGAACUCGCGACCGUCCCUACGGCCAUUGCCUGGUCGCCGGAAUAUCCAAGUACCCAGCUAAGGUGAUAAAGAAGGACUCAGCCAAGAAGACGGCAAAGAAGUCGCGUGUGAAGGCGUUCAUGAAGGUGGUUAACUACAGCCACUUGAUGCCGACGAGGUACACUCUCGACGUUGAUUUGAAAGACGCCGUUACCCCUGAUGCUUUGGUUUCCAAGGAUAAGAAGGUGACUGCUGCUAAAGAGAUUAAGAAGCGGUUCGAAGAGCGGUUCAAAACUGGGAAGAAUCGUUGGUUCUUUUCUAAGCUCAGGUUUUAAAUCUGUACUGUGGGGAUGUUGUUAUGUUAUGUUUUUGGUUUAUUUUGGUAAAAUAUUUGAUGCCAUUUUUAUUAUUAUGUUACAAUUUUGAAUGGAAACUUUUUUAUCUGUUGCAUUUGUAGUUUGAAUUGAAUGGAUUUGCAGUUUAGUUUUUCCUUUAA